AAAAAUUUUGUAGGCGAAGAAAGUUUUGAAGUUUCAAACAUGGAACCUCAAGAAGCCAAACCCGAUGCUGAUUUGGAAAAUGUACCAAUUGAAGAAGUAUUUGGCAGUCUUAAAUGUAAUAAACAUGGAUUAAGCACUGAUGAGGUUGAAAAGAGAAUAGCAGAAUAUGGAUAUAACAAACUUGAGGAGAAAAAGGAAAAUAAAAUACUGAAAUUCUUGGGGUUUAUGUGGAAUCCUCUAUCAUGGGUCAUGGAAGCUGCUGCUAUUAUGGCAAUUGCUCUUGCUCAUGGAGGGGGAAAAGGUCCAGAUUACCCAGAUUUCAUAGGAAUAGUAGUGUUGCUGCUCAUAAACUCAACAAUCAGUUAUAUAGAAGAAAACAAUGCUGGCAAUGCAGCUGCUGCUCUUAUGGCGCGUUUGGCCCCAAAAGCUAAGGUCCUGAGAAAUGGGAGCUGGGAUGAAGAGGAUGCAACAAUGUUAGUGCCAGGAGAUAUUGUUAGUAUUAAACUUGGAGAUAUUAUACCUGCUGAUGCACGUCUUCUUGAGGGAGAUCCUCUCAAAAUUGACCAGUCAGCACUUACAGGAGAGUCACUUCCAGUAACAAAACAGCCAGGAAGUGCAGUUUACUCAGGCUCAACAUGUAAGCAAGGUGAAAUUGAAGCAGUUGUUAUUGCUACCGGCAUCAACACAUUUUUUGGCAAGGCUGCUCAUCUUGUUGAAAACACUACUCAUGUUGGCCAUUUCCAAAAGGUUUUGACAGCAAUUGGAAACUUCUGCAUAUGCUCAAUCGCUGUUGGAAUGCUGAUCGAAAUCAUAGUUAUAUACGCGUUACAUGCAAGGCCAUACCGAGUUGGUAUAGACAAUCUCCUUGUGUUGCUUAUUGGUGGGAUUCCUAUUGCCAUGCCUACUGUUCUCUCUGUCACAAUGGCCAUUGGCUCACAUCGUUUAGCCCAACAGGGUGCAAUUACAAAGAGAAUGACUGCAAUUGAGGAAAUGGCUGGCAUGGAUGUGCUUUGCAGUGACAAAACUGGCACAUUGACACUUAACAAGCUUACUGUUGAUAAAAAUUUAAUUGAGGUAUUUGUCAAAGGUGUUGAUAAAGACAUGGUAGUGCUAAUGGCAGCAAGAGCAUCAAGAUUAGAAAAUCAAGAUGCUAUUGAUACUGCUAUUGUAGCAAUGUUGCCUGAUCCUAAGCAGGCAAGAGCAGGUAUUAAAGAGGUUCAUUUCCUUCCAUUUAAUCCGACUGAUAAAAGAACAGCGCUAACUUACAUCGAUGAAGCUGGUAAGAUGCACAGGGUUAGCAAAGGUGCACCAGAACAGAUUUUAGAGUUGGCACAUAACAGAUCAGCAAUCGGACCUAGAGUUCAUUCAGUGAUUGACAGUUAUGCCAAUCGUGGACUUCGAUCCCUUGGUAUUGCUUCCCAGGAAGUGCCUGAGGGUACCCAAGAGAGCGCAGGUGGUCCUUGGGAAUUUGUUGCUCUUCUACCACUUUUCGACCCUCCUCGUCAUGAUAGUGCCGAAACUAUCAAAAGGGCUCUCGACCUUGGUGUCAGCGUAAAGAUGAUUACAGGGGAUCAGCUUGCAAUUGCGAAAGAAACAGGAAGGAGGCUUGGAAUGGGAACAAACAUGUACCCAUCUUCAACUCUUCUGGGUGAAAAUAAAGAUGGGGAAAAUCCUGAUAUGCCACCAAUCGACGAACUUAUCGAAAGUGCUGAUGGUUUUGCUGGAGUUUUCCCUGAGCACAAGUACAGAAUUGUAAAGAGAUUGCAAGAGCGAAAGCACAUAGUUGGAAUGACGGGUGACGGAGUGAACGACGCGCCGGCGCUAAAGAAGGCUGAUAUUGGCAUCGCAGUUGAUGAUUCAACUGAUGCUGCAAGGAGUGCUUCUGACAUUGUUUUAACUGAGCCAGGGCUUAGUGUUAUUAUUAGUGCUGUGCUUACAAGUCGAGCUAUUUUCCAAAGAAUGAAAAACUACACGAUCUAUGCAGUGUCCAUAACCAUUCGUAUUGUGUUGGGAUUCAUGUUGCUGUGUGUAAUUUGGAAAUUCGAUUUCCCACCUUUCAUGAUUCUAGUCAUUGCAAUUCUCAAUGAUGGUACCAUAAUGACCAUUUCGAAAGACAGAGUAAAACCAUCUCCAAUGCCAGAUCGUUGGAACCUCAAGGAAAUAUUUGCCACAGGAAUUGUCCUUGGUACUUACCUUGCUGUCAUGACUAUUGUUUUCUACUGGGCUGCUUAUGACACCAGCUUCUUCGCGGAAAAAUUUGGCGUAAGAGAUUUAAAUCAAUUUAAACACGACAUGACAGACGUAGAAGUUGCGAAAGAUCUAAAGGAAAGAAUGGCAUCAGCUAUAUAUCUUCAAGUUAGCAUUAUAAGUCAGGCACUUAUAUUUGUUACUCGAGCAAGAGGUUGGUCUUUCACUGAAAGACCUGGAUUUCUUCUUGUAGUCGCCUUUCUCAUUGCUCAACUAAUUGCAACUGUAAUCUCGGCUACUGUAAGUUGGGAUUUGGCUGGAAUUAGAGCAAUUGGAUGGGGUUGGAGUGGAGUAAUAUGGUUAUUCAACAUUGUGACAUACGUGUUUCUUGAUCCUUUAAAAUUCGCAAUUAGAUAUGCUCUUAGUGGAAGAGCAUGGCGUCAUAUGUUCAAUGAAAAGACUGCAUUCACAGACAAGAAGAGCUAUGGAAGGGAUGAAAGGGAGGCAGCAUGGGCGGCUCAAACAUGGACCCAACGUGGUGAGAGAAAGUCUGCAGAGAUGAAGUCAUUGUUCAGUGAGAGGAGCUCUUUUAGAGAUCUUAAUUCCAUGGCUGAAGAGGCUAAACGAAGAGCCGAGAUUGCCAGGCUAAGAGAACUCCAAGGUGGGAAAUCACAUACUGAUCCCAGUUCAAGUAAUUGAACAUAUAUAUUGGAAUAGAGUGAUUCGUGUGCAUCUCUAAUUUACCUCCUUUUUUUUUUUGAGGGGAUCUCUAAUUUACCUUAACUACGACGGGAUGAAUGGAUUACCCCAAACAGACAAAUAUAACUUCAAUUAUUAAUUAUUAUUAUACACUUGAAGUUUGUAGUAUCAUUUAUUCUA